AUGAAAGCUUUAAGCUCUGCUAUUCUCAUCGUUUUGUUGUCCAUCUCAUUGGUGACAUCUCACGAUCAAAUCGAUAUCGAUCAUUUCCUCCGAUGUCUUUCUACUCAUUCUCAUCGUUCCUUUCCGAUUGCCGAUGCCAUAUUGGUUCCCAGCAAUUCCUCUUUCCAAUCUAUUUACCAGCUACGUGCGAAUAACCUUCGAAUUUUAUCGUCUGCAACCUCGAGACCGGUGGCCAUUAUAACCGCCUUGCAUCCAUCCCACGCUCAAGCCACCGUCAUUUGCGCCAAGCGCCAUGGUUUGCAAGUUCGGAUCCGAAGUGGUGGCCAUGAUUACGAGGGACUUUCCUACACCUCUAGUGUCCCAUUUGUUAUUCUAGAUAUGUUCAACCUUAACUCUAUCGAUAUCGAUAUGAAAACCAAGACGGCAUGGAUUCAAGCCGGGGCCACAACCGGCGAACUUUAUUAUAGAAUAGCCGAGCAAAGCAAAGUCCAUGGGUUCCCAUCUGGUGUUUGCACCGCUCUUGGCAUCGGUGGACAUUUUAGUGGAGGUGGCUAUGGGGUUCUUAUGAGAAAAUACGGCCUCUCCAUCGAUCAUGUCAUUGACGCACAAUUGAUCGAUGCGGACGGUAGAAUCCAUAACCGUAGAUCCAUGGGAGAAGACGUGUUUUGGGCAAUAAGAGGAGGUGGAACAACUAGCUUUGGUAUCAUCCUUGCAUGGAGGGUCAAGCUGGUUCGUGUCCCACCAAAGGUUACCGUUUUCACGGUGCAAAGGACAUUGGACCAAGGCGCAACGGAACUCGCUUUUCGUUGGCAACAAGUUGCACCAAAGCUCCCUAAAAAUCUCUUUGUUAGACUUCAAUCCGUGCCUGUUAACAAUGGCGGCAACAAUAAAACCAUUAGGGUUUCAUUCAUCGGCCAUUUUCUAGGAAAAACUAGUAAACUUGUAAGAUUGAUGAACGUAAAGUUUCCGGAAUUGGGUUUGACUCGAGAUGAUUGUUUAGAGAUGAGUUGGGUCGAAUCGAUCCUAUAUUGGGCCGGUUUGCCUAAUGGAACCUCCAUUGAUGCGUUGCUCGAUAGAGUGCAGGUGAACCGAGUAUACUACAAGACAAAGUCUGACUAUUACAAAGCAGUGAUUCCUAAACGAGGGCUGGAGACGUUGUGGGAAGCGAUGAUCGACAUCGAACACAUAAUUGUACAACUGAACCCUUACGGUGGGAGGAUGGAAGAGAUUUCGGAGAAGGAAACCUCGUUUGCUCACCGUGGCGGGAACCUCUUCAUGGCCCAAUACAUGGUGUACUGGACUCAGUCCGACGGAGGUAUUCACGCUGCUGGGCGUUACGUGGAGCUAUCAAGAGGGCUGUACAGUGCGAUGGCGCCAUACGCAUCAAGGAACCCCAGAGAAGCGUUCAUCAACUACCGGGAUCUCGACGUCGGCAGCAACGAAAGCGGAGAGACUGAUUUCGAGGUCACCAAGGAAUACGGGACUAAGUAUUUCGGGCACAAUUUCUUGAGGCUGGCGGGUGUGAAAGCCAUGAUAGACCCUGACAAUUUCUUCAAGAAUGAGCAAAGCAUUCCGCCAUUUCCAAAGCGACCAAUUCAUUGAACAAUCGUCUUCUACCACCUUCAAUAAAUUUGAAACCAAAAUAUCCUCGUGAUUUUAGUU